UUGGACUCCAAUAUAAGAACUAACCCAGAAGGCUUCAAUAACCAUUAGAGAUUUAGAGCACUCCAAAUCCGGGAAGAUGGCCGGCGAUAUUACCCAAAACGAUGGCAUCGGAGCAAAGGUGGUGGUAGUAAUGGUGCCUCUGCCGGGGCAGGGCCAUCUCAACCAGUGCCUCCACCUCUCCCGCCUAAUCACUUCUUACAACGUUCCCGUAUUUUACACCGGCGCCGCCCUUCAUAUCCGCCAGGCCAAGCACCGAAUCCAAGGAUGGGAUCCUCUCUCCGUUUCCAACCUUCAUUUCCAUGAAUUCCCAAUGCCGUCUUUCGAAACCCCCGCCCCCGACCCUAAAACCAGGUACCCCUCGCAGAUCCUGCCGGCGUUCAACGCCGCCAUGCUCCUCCGCGAGCCCCUCCGCCAAUUCCUUUCAGAUCUCUCCAAGAAAGCAAGGCGGGUCGUCGUUAUUUAUGAUUCUAUGAUGGCUUCCAAUGUUCAAGACAUUCCUUCUAUACCAAACGCCGAGUCUUACUCCUUCCAGUCCAUUUCGGCUAUCUCAAUUUACAAUUUCCACUGGGAAAGUCUGCAGAGGCCGCCAUUGCCGCCGGAAGCUGAAGUUUUAAAUGAAUUAGGGAACUUUGAGACCUUUGUGACUCCAGAAGUGUUGGAAUUUGUGAAGAUUCAGGAUGAAGCCUUGAAGUUCAACUCCGGAACGCUCUUCAACACUUGCAGGGUGAUCGAAGGAGCUUUCCUGGACUUACUGGCUAAAGAUCCGUCAGCCGGAACAGGGCAGUUAUGGGCAAUCGGACCAUUUAAUCCGGUGAUCCUACCGGAGAACAAAGAUCCCAGCACGCGCCAUAAAUGUCUGGCCUGGCUUGACAAACAGGAAGAAAAUUCGGUGAUUUUUGUCGCGUUUGGGUCCACAACUACAUUAUCUGAUGAACAGAACAAGGAGCUUGCGAUUGGGCUAGCGAAAAGCGAGCAGAAAUUCAUCUGGGUGCUAAAGGAGGGAGAUAAGGGAGACGUUUUCGCCGGAGAUAAAAGGAGAGCCUAUCUGCCGGAAGGAUACGAAGAUGAAAUCGCGGGCAGGGGAAUGAUCGUGAGAGACUGGGCGCCGCAACUGGACAUUCUCGCCCACCCUUCAACAGGUGGGUUCAUGAGCCACUGCGGGUGGAACUCCAGUAUGGAAGCCAUUUCAAUGGGCGUGCCGUUCGCGGCGUGGCCGAUGCACUCGGAGCAGCCGUGGAACGCCGUGCUAAUCUCGAAGGUGCUGAAAACCGGCGUGGUAGUUGACGACUGUACCAGCGAUGAAAUGGUUAGUUCGCAGAGAAUCGCGGACGCCGUCAAGAGAUUGAUGGCUUCCCCCGAAGGAGAUGAGAUGAGGAGAAGAGCGAAAGAAAUAAGAGGCGCCAUCAUUGACGGCGGCGCUGCUCCCACGGAAAUGGAUUCUUUCAUUUCUCACAUCACCAGAGAGUAGCCAUGAAAAUAUCUGUCAUGUCUUUUUUUGUUUUGUUUUGUUUUGU